GAAGAAGAAGAAGAAGAAGAAGAAGACGACGACGAAGAAGAAGCGUUUCCGGCGCAUCCCGGCCGUGUUCUCGACCUCGGACAUUCCUCUCUGAAGUGCAAGAAUCAGCCAGGGGCCGCGUUUGAAGGCGAACAAUGUUCCCCGCGAGUGUCCUCCGCACCCUGCGACCUCUCGUCGUUUGUCACGCGCGCGCCGCGGUCGCGCCGGGCCCCGCCUCUUGUGUCGGAGGAGUUAGCCGGAAGCAGCUGCUUCACGCCGCCAGGAGGUCGCUCCUCAGCCUCCACAAGGUGCCGUCCCACUGUCCGUCCGCCCGCCUCCUCUCUGGGUCGACCCACUCCGAGGACGGGACCCUCGUGUACACCGGUAACCUGGCCAGCGCCGUCCGAGGGUUGAAGAUGUGCUCCUGCAGCAGCAGCGUGGUCAGCCUCGUCCUCGUGCCCCACAUCCUCCAGGGCUUCACCCUGCUGGCCGCCUUCUACGGCUUCAUCUGCUUCUCCACCUUCUUCUCCCCCGUCCUCGUCCACCUCAUCACCAGGGGCUACGUGGUCCGCAUGUAUCACCGGCCGGACAAGGACACCUACACCGCCGUCACCUACAGAGUCUUCCCCUUCGAGAGGAGGACCACGUUCCACCAGAGCCAGGUCAGCAUCCCGGCCGUCAGCUUGUUCUCCACCUUCUGCGUCAACAACACGGGGAUGCUGGUGAACCCCAGCCUGUUCGCCACGUCGCACGACUACAAUCACCUGAUGGGCUACGACAAGCCCUUCAGCUUCGACGCGGACGACGUGGACCAACCGGAGAAGAGCUGAGAGGCAAACAGGUCGACUGUGGCGCGAGCAUCCUGCCUGCACAGCACGAACACUCACCUGGCAACCGGAUAGACUAAUACCAUCAUAUAUUUGAUGGCUGUCAGCCUAAUGAAAAUAAAUGAAUGACCUAUUA